AUGGAAGUUUUAAAGCAAGCUCGUGGACAUUAUAAAGGUGCUAUCACAAGGGUUUUUACCUAUGUGCAGAACAUUCCUGAAAAUGUGAACGUUUUAGAAUUGAGAGUGCGGUUAGAUAGACUAGAAAAGGCUUUUAAAGAUAUUUGCGAUUCUCAAUCGGCUCUUUUCGAAUUUCAUGCUGAGGAGGGAUACGUAGACCCUGAACCCGAGUUUGAGAUUCUAGAAUCGAAAUACAUAUCGUCAAAAUGUGCUCUUUUAAAACGCAUUAAAGACAUUAACCCGGUUGAUGAGAUUGAUAAACCCGAUGCGCUUAAAGAGUUAGCUGCUUCUCAAGCUGAAUUGUUAGAUAGGUUAGGGCAGGUAGCUUCUUCCAAUAAUGGAGAUAAGAAUCCUACCAAUAUAAAGCUGCAACCUAUGCAAAUUCCACCUUUUUCUGGUGACUAUCGAGAAUGGCCCGGUUUUCGUGAUGUGUUUUUACAAACCGUGGACUGCAAUACGAAACUUUCAAGUUCUCAAAAGUUUAGAUAUUUGAAAUCGGUUUUGCGUGAAGAUGCUUUCAAUUUAUUGAACGGUGUUAGUGUUUCGGAUUCUAAUUAUCAGCUCGCUUGGGAGAAAUUAGAAAACCGUUAUGAUAAACCUCUUUAUAUAAUUAACGCGCUUAUAGAACAAUUUUUAAAACUGCCAAACGUUGUUUCGGGAGAUGGAUUUCACCUACGUAAGCUAGUUGAUAAGGCAGAUGAGGUAAUUCGUGGGCUAGAAGCGGUAAAAUCGGAAGGUAGGGAUCCGUGGCUUGUUUAUUUGCUGAUCAAUAAAACAGACUCAGAAACCAAAAAGGCUUGGGCGCUAGAAAACAAAAUGUCGGAAGAGUCAACCAUCAAGGAUCUCAUUCAUUUUCUAGAAAAUCGUUCUAAUGCUUUAGAAGCCAGUGAUCCGAAAACUAGUCGUGUUAAGAACAGUCGUGCGUCAAAUCCUACCAACAUUAAAAGUUUAGCCGUAGUAAAUACUUCUUGUCCAAAGUGUAAAGGGGAACAUUAUCUCCCCCAAUGUCCAGAAUUUGUUUCAAUGUCGGUUAGUUCGCGUCGCGGGUUUGCUAGAGAUCAACGAUUAUGUUACAACUGCCUCGGUACCAAGCAUUCUUCGAAUCGAUGUCGAGUUAAGGCACGGUGUACCUUAUGUAAAUCUCGCCAUCAUAGCUUAGUACACUUAGAUAACAUUAAUCCAGCUGCUUCUGCAAGUGUUGUUGAUCCUACCCAGAACUCAGCUUCCGUUGUGAGCAACCAUAUGAAAAAUGAUUCGCGUUCGUCGGUUAUACUACCUACAGCUGUGGUGAAAGUUUUUGACAAUUCCGGAAAGACUCAUCUUGUGCGUGUUCUAUUGGAUAGCGGCUCUCAGGUUUCGUUCGUGACCGAUAGUUUGGUGAAAAGGCUUGGCCUUCGUCGUUCCCAUGCCCGUUUACCUAUCUCUGGGAUUUCAUCGGUUGAAGCUGGUGUGACUCAAGGUGCUGUUGAGUUACAGUUAAAAUCCCGAAUUACUCCGCAUACUAUGCAAGUUGAGGCAUAUAUUCUCAACCAAAUUACUUCUCAAACACCAUCGCUUUCGUUUGAAGCUAGCAAUUUUACCUUCCUCGACGAUCUUUUGUUAGCUGAUGUAGGAUUCAAAAACCCAGGUCCCAUUGAUGUGUUGUUAGGGGCUGAUAAGGCUUGGAGCAUUCUGCUUAGUGAUCAUCGUUCAGAUCCAGAAGGAAAGGUUGUUGCACACGAGACAUUGUUUGGAUGGGUUGUUACGGGUUGUUUGCCAGGGAAUUCCUUAGUUUCGUUGCACGCAGGUGUUGACCUUGAUGUGAUUUUGAAAUCCUUUUGGGAAAUUGAAGAGGUUUCGCAUAGUUCGUCGUUGACAGUAGGUGAAGAUGAGGUUGAUAAACAGUUUUCAAAAACCCUCACUCGUUCAUCUGAUAAAAAGUACGUGGUUGAACUUCCUUUUCGGCAGGACAAUGUAAAGUUUGCUAAUACCAUCUCAGGAGCUUUGUCUAGACUUUUCGCCAUGGAACGUCGUUUUUGUCGUGAUAAAGACCUCAAAAGAGAAUAUUGCAAGUUCAUGCAAACAUACUUGGAUCUAGGCCACAUGGAGCGUAUUCCAGAUAAUGAAAUAGAACCUACUUCGGGAAGUGUUUUUUAUUUGCCUCACCACGCCGUUAUCACCAACAAAAUUCGCGUUGUCUUCGAUGGGUCUCAUAAGGAUACCAAAAAUAGUUGCCUUAAUGAUAUGCUUCAUGUUGGAACUCCUCUUCAGCGUAACUUGAUAAACGUUUGUAUUCGUUUUCGUAUUCAUCGCUUCGUGUUUUGUGCUGACAUUGUCAAAAUGUUUCGGCAAAUUUGGGUGCAUCCAAAGCACCGUGAUUUUCAGAGGAUUGUUUGGAGAGAAUCUUCUGAUGCCCCCAUUUCGCAUUUUCGUUUGUCAACUGUGACAUAUGGUACUUCUCCAGCUCCAUAUUUGUCCAUGAAAGUUCUUCGUCAAAUAGCGUUUGAUUACAAACACCAGUUUCCCUUAGCUUCACAUGCUGUUUUAAAUGAUAUGUAUGUUGAUGAUUUGAUGACAGGGGCUGAUUCGUUGUCGGAGACAUUAGAGCUGAAGAAGCAGAUCGUCGAAAUGCUGUCUUGUGGAGGGUUAGAGCUUAGUAAGUGGAGCUCUAAUUGUUGGGAGAUAUUGCGCGAGAUCAACUGUAAAGAAGCUGUUUUACUCGAUUUAGAUAGUUCAUCGGAGUGCACCAAGGUUCUCGGUUUGGUUUGGAACCCGUAUCGCGACACCUUUACCUAUAAAAUCAGUUUGCCUGAACAAUUUGUACCUACAAAACGAAAACUACUUUCCGAGGUUGCAAAGAUUUUCGAUCCUUUGGGUUUUCUCGCUCCUUCCACUAUUUUGUUGAAAAUACUGUUUCAGGAGCUGUGGACCGCAAAGACGAAGAUAGACUGGGAUGAUCCUUUGCCCUCUGAAAUCGCAGAAAAAUGGAAGCUGCACCGGGAGAAUUUGACCUAUUUUGAAAACUUUAGGAUUUCUCGAAGGUUUACCCAAAAUUCUAAAAGCUUGGAAUUAAUAGGAUUCUCGGAUGCUUCGGAAAAGGCUUAUUCUGCUGUUGUGUAUUGUCGUAGUUGUUCAGGAGAUGGUGCAGAGAUUCAGUUGGUCGCAGCCAAAACUCGUGUUGCUCCCGUUAAGCAAUUGUCGAUUCCUCGUUUGGAACUUUGUGGAGCUCUCCUCUUGUGUCGUUUAAUUGAGCUCAUUCGGUCGUCGUUGGAUGUAAAACCAGUUCGAGUAUCAGCGUUUUGUGACUCCCAAAUUGUUUUGUCCUGGCUUUCGUCUCCGCCGCGAAAAUGGAAUACGUUUGUAGCAAAUCGUACUUCCGAAAUCUUGUCUUCUUUGCCUCGUUCGUCUUGGAAUCAUGUCUCUUCAUCUGAUAACCCUGCUGAUUGUGCUUCGCGGGGUCUUUUGCCUAAGGAUCUAAUGGAUUACAAAAUGUGGUGGAAUGGUCCAGAAUGGUUGUCUCAGGACUUUGAUAAGUGGCCAAAUCAUCGCGAAAUCGAGGUAAAAGACAUUCCUGAAGAAAGGAAAAAGGUCGUUGCAGUUUGCGUUUCGGGUACGGUUGAGCAUUUUCUUGAAAACCUUUCGCUUAAAAUUUCUAGUUGGAGAAAGCUUGUGAGAAUAGUUGGCUAUAUUCGUCGCUUCAUAUAUUUUUGUCGUUUGCCAAAAGGAGAUAGAAGAUAUGGAUAUCUUUCGCUUUCUGAACUUCGCCUUGCCAAAAAGGCCUGUCUCAAGUGGUCUCAAAAUGAGUUCCUUGGUGAAAUAAAAGCUCUUAAGGCUGAUCGUUGUGUUGACAAGAUGUCCAAAUUAUGUUCGCUUUCACCUUUUAUUGAUGUCGUCGGUUUGUUGCGUGUCGGUGGUAGAAUUUCGAACGCCAGAAAUGUUCCCUUCGCGAUAAAACACCCUGUUAUUCUACCCAAAAAUAAUCCUAUAACUCGGCUGAUUCUUCUCGAUGCCCACAGGAACCUUUUACAUAUUGGUGUUUCGGGACUCUUCACAUUGAUUCGUCAGGAGUAUUGGAUCCUCGGGAGCAGAAACCUUAUUCGUAAACUGGUGCACGAUUGCAUUACGUGUUUUCGUCAUCGAAAAAAUACUUCUACACAGCUUAUGGGAAAUUUGCCAUCGUCUCGAGUGAAUCCAUCAUUUGCUUUCGCCCAUACAGGAUGUGACUAUGCUGGACCCAUUACGCUUCGUUCUUCGAGAGGAAGGAAACCAACAAUGUCAAAGGGGUACAUUUCGUUGUUUGUCUGCAUGACAACUAAGGCGCUGCACCUCGAAUUGGUUUCGGACCUAACCACGGAUGCAUUUUUGGCUGCCCUGAAAAGAUUUAUCGCCAGGCGUGGUAAAUGCAGCGUUAUGUACUCUGAUAAUGGUACGAACUUUCAAGGAGCAGCUCGAGUUUUAUCAGAAAUGUACAAAUUGGUGCAAUCUCAAACCCACAACAAGAAGGUUGCAGAAAUGUUGGCUGGCGAAAAUAUUGAUUGGCAAUUUAUCCCUCCGCAUAGUCCUCACUUUGGUGGACUUUGGGAAGCGGGGGUUAAAUUGGUAAAACAACAUCUUCGGCGCGUCGUUGGCGAUAGUGUCCUUACCUUUGAAGAAAUGUGUACCUUGUUAGCCCAAAUCGAAGCCCUUUUGAACUCUAGACCCCUUUGUGCUUCUUCCGAUUCAGAUCUUGAUCCAUUAACGCCUUCUCAUUUUCUUAUAGGUAGACCUUAUACGGCGAUACCCGAGCCAAGUUUUUUGGAAACACCUAUCAACCGAUUGGGAAGAUGGGAGCUACUACAAAACAUGAUGCAAGGUUUCUGGCGAAGGUGGCAAACCGAUUACCUCACAUCUUUGCAGCAGCGCCCAAAAUGGAGAGAAGCCAAAAGAGAUUUUGAAGUUGGUGACUUAGUCAUUCUAAAAGAACCAAAUCUUCCACCUUCUCAAUGGUUUCUUGGAAGAGUUACCGAAGUUCAUCCAGGUGAAGAUGGACACGUACGAGUGGUUACAUUGCGCACCAAACGUGGCACUUUCAUGCGCCCCGUAACCAAACUUGCCCUCUUGCCAUGUCCUGAAAUUCCUUCAGCGGGGGCGGCAUGUUGA